UGGGGCUAUAACACAGUGUUGACUGGGUGUCACCAACAGACUAACCUCACCGCUGUAGUAACCUAACGUCUCAUCAGCUCUUGUCGCUGCUUGAUCAACCUUUGCCCUCAGGUGAUGUUUAUUACCGCAUUCACCGGUCUCGCUAAUCGUCUACGUUGUCGCCGAGGUGAAAGAAAUUUGUGUUUGUCUCCGCUGAUAAUUAUAAUGAUAAUGGUAGUAGCUUCGGUACAAUUAGAAAACAAAAUACGUUUCAGGCUGAACAUUGUGGCUCGUGAUUAAACUUUGGUAGAGACGGCUCCGAGCUCGAAGGCGCACCUGAAGGCAGCAGCAUUCGUGAGCCGCCCCCGCCGUGAAGAAGCGACAGACAGACAAACAGACUGACUGGGGGCCUGGCUUCGCUUCACCACUCACCUAAUCAGUCGGUCCGCGGCUCUUUGUUUCUGUCAUGAAUAAGCUUCGUCGCCUUCGCUUCAGUUUCAGACCGAAAGCAGAGGCGUUAGCGGCGGCCACGAGCGCUCGUUCCGUUUUGGAGACGUUGUAGAAGAACAGAGGGAGGGAGGAAAGUGUGACUGAGCCGUCCGCUCCAAAGUUGGCACUCGGCUCUCAUGUUUGGUACUUGUUGAGGAGGCUGUGUUCGCAAACACAACACUGCGACGUGCAGGGAACAGGACCUUCUGCAUCGCCAUGAGACAGUGACGCACGGGGACAGUGAUGGCAGAGCUGGAGAUUGACCAGUCCAACCUUCCACGUGUCCAAGAAGUGUGCCAGUGUUUUGCUGUGUUAGAAGAUGGAGCGCUGGCACACAACCUGCAGGAACAAGAGAUCGAGCAGUACUAUACCACCAAUAUCCAGAAGAACCAGCUGGUGCAGAAUGACAUCCGUGUAGCCAAGAGGCUGCAGGAUGAGGAGGAGGAGCAGCGGGCCCAGCAGAGUGCCCUCCUCAGACAGGCCACCAGACAUCUAGAGGAGCAGGACUUUGAGUACGCCCGCGUGGUCCAGGAAGAGCUCCAGCGAUGUGCAGAGGAGGCCCAGAUGAGAGAGCUGGAAGAUGAGGAAAUGGCUAAACGGAUCCAGGAGGAGGAGGAGCAGAGGAUCAGGAGGAGGAGCAGGGGGCAUGAGGGUCAUAGUGAAGGCAGCACCAGAGACCCUGCACUGGUAUCACCACACCAGCACACACUCAGCAGCCAUCACCAAGGGGAGGAACAGUCCUCAUCUCCCACCACCAGGUGGCGGCAUUGUUCCGCUUCUCAUAACCAUUCAGAUUUAACUGGGCCUCAGACUGACUGCCCCAGGGGGGUAGCAGCUCAGAAAAACACAACUUCAUGGUCAAAUCAAGGACGCACAGACUCCAUUAGGCAUACCAGAGGUGAAUUGAGAGAGAACUUGAGUGACAAUUCAGAUGACUCGGAUGAAGUUUUCUCUAAAGAGCUCUCUGUGUUGUCCCGGCAACUGUAUGAAAGGCUCAACACAGCUCCCCCCCGACAGAGGGCACCUUUACAUCACUCACAAGAGAGAAAUUUCAGAAGUCUUUGCCCUCGCAGCAACUGCCCAGACGAGUUCAGAGACUGGGAGCAGGAGCAGGAGGAGGAGGAGGAGGAGAGACAGGAGUCAGAUGAAGACUGGUACGAAAAUGGUGAUCGACAAAGGAGGAGGCCAAGGAAUCAGGUUCAGGAGAGAAACUACAGGGAGGAGUCCGAUGGUUGGCACAGGAGCAGAAAUGUAGAUACAGAUUGUAGGCUUAGUGAGGCUAGAGAGAGGCGAUGUAGUCGCAGCGAAUCGGUCAGGCUACCUAACAGGAGAAGACACAGCAACAGAGACGUGGCGAGGACCUGGAGCUACAAGGACAACCCUGACAAACAUGUCCAUUUUCGGGAUGACAAUAGAAACUCUAACAGGCAGCAGAGUGAAAGCAGAAAAGUGUGGGAGAUGCUGGGCCAUGUCCUCAGAGAGAGGGGUGUGCCUGUGAAGUUUGGAGGCAAUGGGGCGCCACUGCAAAUAAGGCCUCAAAGCAGAGACAGCCAGGUGCUUCAUGGGAGCGAGGUCUCCUACGGUGACUCCCAACCACAUCAGAGAGCCUUCCAGAGAGCAGCCACCAGCAGGCACAGUUUCCAUGGAGACAUCAGGGAGAGGAGGAGAUUGCCACACCGAGAGAACAGUGGGAGAGAUCAGAGAGAGGACGGAGACGGGCAACGUGAUAAUGGAGACGUUUAUGAGAUUAGUGAUCGAGACUCGCAUCUCGCUAGCAGAGAGAGACAAGGCAGCAAAAGGUGGAAAGAGCACAGAUACGUGAACAAAGACGAGAGGGGAGAGGGGAAUGCAAAUGAUUACAGAGUCAGAAGGACAACAAGUGUACGCAGUCAUUGGCACAAGACCGCAGAGGAAAGGUUAAGAGUGGAGGAGGAGCAGGAGGCGGAGAGGAGAGCGCAGCGGCCCCAUCGAAGAGCUCCACAGCAUAGCCAAAGCCUCAGAAGCUGCAGCAGGGCUUCAGCCAGGGAUAGGUCAAGGCACGUGGCAGCAGGAGAGUCACUGCAACCUGACCCAAGAGAGACGAGCCUGGACCUGAGUGAAAUGCAGCAGGUCCUAGAAGAUGAAGAGCUGGCCCGCAUGCUGCAGGAGGAAGAGCAAAGGCUGUUGAGGCGGAACUCCCAGUCUUCUCCACGCAAUUCUUAUCCACAAGGAGAUUUCAGAGUAGCACAGGUGGCACAGGAUGAGGAAAUUGCACGUUUUAUGCAGAAGCAGGAAAUUAAGACAAAGCGCAGAUCUCGUGAGCUGGAAGGGCCGGCAUCGUGGCGCGAGCACAGAGCGAUGAUCGCUCAUCAUGACAGACGAGCUGCAAGAGAGAGACAGCGAGAGAGACUUGACUCAGAGGGACUUCCCUCCCCCACCGAGGACUGCUCCCCAGAGAACCAGCCGCCCAGCCCAGUCUCCACUAUACCACAAGCCCAGCAUAUCAGAAACAUUGCAGAGGAAUUGGACCCAACGUUUCAGGCCAGGAGACAGGACACAGAGAGCCUCGGAGUGGGACAAACGGGUCUUCCCGUAACACAUUCUGGCAACGACUUCCUUGAGGAACCUACUUUCAUUCCUCCAACUAAGCGGCUAACGGACAAAGCAGGACGCAGUAAACCCAAAGAGAAGAAGGAGAAUUGCAAGCAACAGUAGAUUCCAACAGUGUACUGUUUGAAUGUGUAUAUAUUAUACAACAUCAGUCCAGCUAGAGUUCUCACUACUUUAAAGUUGAAACUGACAAUGGAUAUUCCUGCCCCUACUAGCACUUUAGACCAGUUGAACAAAGAGACUUUUUAGAAUUCUUCUUGAUUAAGUGAAUCAUGACAACACUUGGGUUGCAUGCCUCUAUCAUUCUCAAAGGGAAAUUUAUUGAAGUAUGUUUUUUUUUUUUUUUUUUGGAAUUAUUCCGUGUAGUGCUUAAUUUAAAUAGUAUAACUUUUUUUUUUAUAGCUGUACCUUUUAUUUGUCUUUAUUUCCAUAGUGAAACAGCAUACUAUUAGCAUCCAAUACACUAAACGGGAGUAACCAGGUAGUCGACUGGAUUCUUCCGCUCUUAGCAGCACUAGUAGGGUUGUCUAUAUGUGAUGUUGGCCUGAACUGUGCACUUUGCAGACUGUUGCUGUAUCUCACCCACAGGUUUUGACAAGUCAAUUUGGUUGUUUACGAGAAGCGAAAACAAGAAGUUACUGUGUACAAACCUUAAAGCUGAGUUACAUUGGGUUAGGCGACUUGAAGUCUUGAAGUCAUCCGCUUUGGAGCUUGUGCCAACUGUGUCAAAGCAGUUUGUCAAGGUUCCUGUCAUGUUUACCGCUGUACAACGACAAUCAGGGGAACUUAUUUAACCUUUAAUAAAUGGAAAGCCCUUUUUGUAUCUGCUGGA